AUGCACAUACCAGGGGCCAAAGAACAUGGCGGUGUUUGCCACUUGAUUCAAUUAUAACGAUUAUAACCCUUGUGACAAGUCCAUUUAAAAUUGAGAACUUGAAGUGAACUGAUAUAAUAAUAAAAAGAUUUAUCUGCAGAUGAUUACGAUAAUUAUGAAAUGAUUACUGGAUUAUUGGGGACGGCAAUAGAAUUUUUAUGAUUGCCAAACAGCUGAGAGCAGUUACCUCACGUGUAAUUAUGACGAAGCCACUGCUAAUAGCCUUCGAUUUUGAUCACACAAUCGCAAAUAAAAAUUCUGAUCAUGUGGCCCACCAGAUGCUCCCAGGGGGAGUCCCCGCGGACGUAAAGGAACUCUACCAUUCAGGUGGAGGCUGGACAGAAUUCAUGAGAAGAUGUUUUCAACUUCUGCACGCAGCAAAAAUAUCGAAAGACGAUCUGGAAUCAACGGUGAAUGCAAUACCCCCAGUUCCAGGGUACGAGGAUCUCCUCAACAAUUUGCACUCCAACAACUGUGAAGUGAUAAUAAUCAGUGACUCAAACUCUGUCUUCAUCGACAAUUGGUUGGUCCACAAAAAGCUGAGACACACGAUUACAAACAUCUCGACUAAUCCAGCCUUUUUCGAUGACGAGGGAAUGCUCCACGUGAAGGAAUACCAGGACCAGGACUUCUGCGAUUUGAGUGAGAGAAAUUUAUGCAAGGGAUACGUUUUGGAGACUUAUAUAAAGGAGAGAGCCGACGAGGGAGUUGAAUUCCAGAGGAUAGCUUACGCUGGAGAUGGAAAAAAUGACUUCUGUCCGAUGUUGAAACUGUCUAAAAAUGAUUUGGCUUUUCCCAGAAAAGAUUACACGAUCAUGGAGUACCUGAAUAAUCCAGGAAAACCUUCUCUGAAAGCUGAAAUUCUUCCCUGGACGGAUGGGUAUGAUAUCUGGAGGGAAAUAACGUCUCGAAUAAAUUUUUGAAUGGUAUUUAAAAAUCUUUCAUCUCCAAAAUAUCAAUAAUCCAUACUUGCAUUUACUCUAAUACUCCGAAUUAAAUCCUGAUAUCAAACCUUUUUUAAUUAAAAAAACCAUCGCAAUAUUAAAAUUAUUAAAAUUUA